AUGUUUGAAUUUAUAAAAGAAUUCAUAUAAUUUGAUGAUUCAAUUCAUGCAGUAUUUAAGGAUUAAUCAGCAUUAAUAUAUUCAAAUACUGGAUUAUUAAGUUAUUUUAAUAGCAAAGGAGAGAGAAGUAGAAUCAAAGUUGAAAAUUGUAGAAAAUAUGACAACAUUUAAGAUAAAGUUAAAGAAGUAUUAUAAGUGGCAUCAAAGUAUACAUAUCUAAAUUCAGAUUAAAUAAUUUAUGAAGAGGCAGUUAAGAUGAAGAAAAUUUAAACUAUUGUAAUACAUAAUAAUAAUAAUAGAUUUGGCCACUUGAAUAUUAAAUUGAGAAUGGUUAUGCUAUAUUAAAGUCUAUAGAUGGUUAUGCUUAAAUGAAAUUGAAUCUUUAAACAUUUUAAAUAUCUUUAUAAUACUAUUCUUGUAAUCAAACAGUGGCUGUUGUUAAGGAGAUUGAAAAUGAAAAUAAUUUUGUAAAUAAUUUCAUUAAGAAAUAUAAUCUUGGAGCUACUAAAUCAACAGCUACUAGUAUAGAUUGUGGAAUAGGAUAUACAUAUAGAAUAUUGAAUAAAUAAUAUAGUUUGAUUAACUUUCCAAUAUAAUGGAUAGCUCCUUUCUUUGUUUUAGUAAAAGAUUUCUUAAAUAACGAUAAAUGUAUAUAUUUUUAAUAUAUAAAAAAUAGUGUAAUAUUUAGAUAUUUAAUUUCCAACAGAAUUGAUUGAAUAUAUAUUAAAUGAAUAAGAAGAAAUGUAAGAAUAUUUUUAUGAAACAUAUAAUUGUUAUAAAAUUAAGGAUUAAUUAGUCACUAAAAUCUUAAUAGAUCAACCUAUUAAAACAAUAUAAAUAAAUGAUAAUGUGUCUCCAAUAAUGAAUAAAAUUAGUUAGAUAAAUUUAGGAAGACCUAUAUUUAUGCUUACAAAUUAAGCAUAAUUUUGGUUUUAAGUAGAUGGAGGAAUUGGAUUAAUAAAUGAUUAACUUUUAAUUAGAGAUGGUAUAUUUUGGGAAUAUGGAUAAUAGAAAUGGGAAUAAUCUAUUUAUGUAAAUUAUUUAUAAUAAAUAUAAUUAGAAUGAUAAAUAUAAUUUAAGUGCCUUUGAUGUAUAUUGUAAACUAAUAAAUACAAAGUAUAAAUCAAAUAUGAAUUUGAUUAUCACAUAAUUAUAAGAGAAAUAAAAACCUAUAGAAUAUUAUAAAGUUGAAUAAGGAAAUUUUGAAGAAUUAAGGAAAGUUGACUUAAGAGAAGUUGGAGAAUUCAUUUUAUUAAAGAAUGGAACAGUGAAAGCUAAAUUUGUAGAUAGAACUGUUAUUACAUUUAAAUAUCCUCCUCCUUGCACUAUUAAAAUAAUAUCUUAAUUUGGUUUAAUUAAUAAUUUUGAAUUCUGUCCAACUUAAGAUGAUAGGUUAUUAAUUACAUAUAAUCAUUACCUUGAAUAUUUUCAACCAGAAUUAUAGGUAUAUAUGUAAUAUUGUUUAAAAUUGGCUGAAGAGUCUUAUAUUAUACCAGAGAUAUUUUAAUAAAGAGAAUAACACUCUACUUAAUUGUCAUCUUGGAUAGAAUAAGAAAUGGAAAAAAAUUAAAGAUUUUUAGUAUAUAGUGGAAAGUAUAGUUGUCAAGAAUUGAAUGAACCUUAAGAAGAAUAAUCAUUGGAUGAAAGAAUUUAAUUAUUACUAACAGCUAAUUAAGAAAUGUUAUAAAAAUUAAAAAAAUGA